CCUACUGAGUUCAUACAGAAGAAAGUUUGUCUUUUAGUCUUAGGCCUGUUUCAUUACACAUUUAUACACAACACAUGGUGUAGUCAAGCUCUAAUCAAACUUUUUUAAGGCAUUUGGUGCGAUGUAGCCUAAUUAUAUUUUCUCAUAUGCCGUUUAUUUAUCAUUUUACCCCUGACCUUCAACCCCAGGUACAGAGUUGUAAGAAUGCAUGCAAUAAAAGAAAGUAAUGAUGAGGAUAAAUUAAAAUAAUAAGGAUGUUGAAGAUUUGAAUAAAGACCUUUUAUAAAAGAAUAAAAAUGUACCACCCUGAAUAUAAAUAUGUUUGCUCCUCUUGUAACAGUUGUGGUGUGUGUUUAUGAACUUCAGGCAUCUGCAUGUGGAAGUUCUUUGGGUUUAUGCAGUUAUUCUAAUGAAAUCACAUGUAAGCAGAAGCACAUUUUAGGGUAGGGCACUAAUGUUUUACAAUGUGAUAUGUAAAAUGCAUGAUUUUAUUGCAAGGCAUGCCAAAUGCAAUGAUACUACUAAUGCGGUACAUUUAUUCCUGAAAUGAUUGUGACUGGGUUGGAAUAAUGUAGCAUUUUAAUUUGAGUAGGGUUGGUAAUAGGCUUAGUAAAAAUAAAUUAAGAACUUGUAUAUUUCAGGACUAUAAUUGGUUUCUUUUGGCUUGAGGUAGGAAAAGCUCAGCUGCAACAUUUUCAAAUGGAUUUGUAUAACAAACUUAAAAUGCUAUAGCGUAGUGUAACAUAAACCCACAAACAACUGUACUAGAACAAAGCAUUAAAUAUAUUAAAUUUAAAUAAUUAUAUAUAAUUCAAAACAUAAAGUGGCUUUAUAUCAAACCACAUUCCUAAUCUAAAAGGUAAUCGAACUGUCAACAGAAAAAUACUGAAAACAGUAAAAGAUGACAACAAUUUUAUCCUUCAAUAGUAAGAUAACUGUUUAACUUAAUAUAUCUUCCUGAGAACCAGAAAAAAAGUUUUGUGAAAUUUGUUGUUUUCUUGUCAUCACAUUAGAUAUUUUAUUCAUAUAGUAUUCCAUGUCCUUUGUACAGAACGCCAGAACUAUUUAUUCAACUGGUAUAUUUCGUACUAUACACGACUCGGUGUGUGAGAAUCUAAAAGGAACUGGUCUGAGUGUAUUUUGCUAUCUGGAGGUAUUCCCAUUCUAUACAAUGUAUCUAUGCAUUGCAUCUAAUAUGCAUGUGAAUGUUUUCUUGGGGCAAACCAUAAUGAAAAAAGUAGUGUAAUACUGGGAGUAAUAGCUUGGCAACAUUUCCAUGAUCUCAUAUUUCAUAGUAAAUUGAUCUAUAAUUGAUUGAUAUGAUCAAUUAUACAUUAUCACAUUAUCACAUUUCCCUAAGAGUGCUCCAUUUGAUCAUUCUGUCAAUAUCAGUCAUAUUUAAAGACCAAGGAGAUGAAGUGUUUAUGAUCAAACCUCCAAACAUUUGAUAUCUCUAAAAACCCCUGAAUGUGCUCUUUACAGGACUAAACUGUGGCAUGUGUCUCAGAGACAUUCACUGAAAUCUAAUGUCUUAUUCAGAGGACAAAAGUCUAUGCAUGGGACCCAGUAGGCUAUGAAUUAAUAGCUCACCACGGAAUGAGAGAAACAUAACAGGUAGUAUAUUGCUCUUCCGGUCUGGAUCUUGUGGGCUGCGGCUGGAUACUAUUGGGACUUUAAAAAGGUUUUGUUUAGGAGAACCAACAAGCAUACAUAUCGGGUGAACUAUCGAACAGAAACAUCUACCCGGUGUUUUACGGUAAUUCAUCCCAUGAUUCCUUUCUGUCAAACGCUAUUCUUUGUUUCUAUCUACAUAAACACCAAAGGUAACACAACGCCAUUGUUUGUUUGAGGUAGAAAUAAACAUCUAUAUUAAGACAUUAAGAGAGCUGUCUGGUCGAAGGGCGAGUAUUUACAUCUUUAAAGUGUCCCGUGAAAAAUGGACAUCAUGAAUACCGCCGAAUUUCAGACGCAGUUAACAUCCAUAAUGGAAACGUUGGCGAAAACAGCUGUUGUGGAAAUAAGAAAACUUUUCGAGGAGAAUGCAUCCUUUCUGCGACUAGAGAUUUCGCGAUUUACAAGCGAAAAUGAGUCCCUGAAAAAGAAAUGUCAUCUUCUGGAGAAUGAACUUCAGUGCGCGCGGAAAAGCGCUGGAAAGAUGAACGGGACAGAAGCUCCAUCCUGCCAUGCGGGACUUACAGACACUGGACAUCGUCCCGCAAUUGACAGUGUCUUCGGGAAGGAAUGGUGCAUGAACCUCUGGAGACACGAGGAGUCACAUGUUGGUGAGCAGGGGGACACACAUCGGGACUCUGCAGUCAUCAUAGGAGAGCCAGUAAACUUGCUGGAAGAAGAACCAGACAUGAUCAUGAUCAAGGAGGAGGCAUCUGAUGAUUGCUCUUCGGGAAGAAAUGAGGAAGACCAAGAUACUGUGAAAGGUGCAAUCCAAGAGGAAAUCAAAACAAUUCUCCCGGAGUUGGACUUCAACAAACUUCAGAAUUUGGUCAGUCAUCUUUCUUUAGUAGUGGGUGUGGAGAAGACAGAGGACCUCUCGCUAGUAGAGGUGUCAGAUCUUCAGGACUUUCUGGAGCCAAUACAGUGUCGAAAACUUGUGAAAACAUUCAGACAAAAAGAAUUCAAUAGACAAGUGGAUGGAAUGCCUAACGAGAUGACGCUCACUCCAUUAUCAUCAAACGAGUCCCUUCAUGAACAGCCCUUCAUUCCUUCCUUCAUCAAGUCCAACUGGGUUAGAAGUUUCCAGGUUCCUUGGGACCGCAUGCCAACAGCUCUCGUUCAGGCCACAUCCACUGGAGAGAGGGCUCGACCAGGACCGAGAAGGGAGUUUGUCAGGAUCGUUGUGGCAGCCAUGCAAGCCCACUGUCCAAACCCAAACUUAACCGCCUGUGGAGAAGUGGCUCGAAACAUCGUGUCUGCAUAUCCGCUGACAUUCGGAGACAUUUCAGAGGAAGGAGAACAACUAGGAAAUGGCUUCAGUUGCUUACAAAGACAACUAAAAACUAGGGUAGAACAUGUGAAUAGAGAUGUUUUGGAACACAGGAUUCGUCGACCUAGAAGACCAUCAAUGAAAAGAGCUGGAGAACAGGACGGCUACACUAUGAAAAAAGUCCGAUGUAAAGUGGACAGUUACGGAUGCAUCAAUUGGCAGCCUUCCUCUAUCCCAGAAGGAGAGACGGCAGAAUCUCUUGAAAUGAAGAGGAAGGUUGCGGCAGAGAUUUUUCAGUCUGCAGGCCCAAAGGCUGCUGAGUUGCCCAACAUAGACGACUUAAUGCAGCAGACAUAUGUUUACCAGCGCCACAUGAUCAACUCAUGCCCCCCUCCUACCAUCAGUGAGAUUGAGGGGCAUUGGCCGUUCCUGUUCACCGAAAGAGGCCUUUGCAGGCACUUUAAAGUCCUGACUGGCAUUGACAUCAGAAGCCGCUUUAAUGAAACUCUUAUUGAUAAAUCCAAGAGAAUACUGAACUACUUCAGCAGACAAAGACUGAAGUGGACUGAGGAGAUCCAGAGUAUGCUAAGUGAGAUCGACGACGCCAAUGCAACAGAUAAUAAUAGGAUAGCCAUAUCAGCCAUCCUGUUAAUGAUGAAAUACUUUAAGGAAAAGGACAAUGCUGUCUUCAUCUUAGCAGAUGAAACUUCUACCAAGAUGUCCAUCGAAAAUGAAAUUAGCUUACCGGCAACGCCCCGGCUCAUCAUGCUUGGUGAGACAUUGCUGACUUCGUCCAAGUGGUUUAUCAGUAUUGAGGGCAGAGUAACACAUUCUAUAGAAGACCAGCUGGACUUUGCAGCGGCGUUGUCUGUGUUUUUUGGGUGCUUCUAUGUUUUUAAUAUUGAGUACCAGGAGUCAGCCAGCGCCACCUUGGAGCUCAUUCAGAGGUUCUUCGUAAGGAUUAAUCCUGAGGGGACUAAAUGUACCUCAAAAUCAGGUACAAGCCGAAGGACGGGUUCAGCUGUCCAAAGGAAACCCCAGAACUUUAAUACCCGCGUGGCUACGUUUAUGCAGAGGCUUUCAGAAUUCGAGUGGAAAACAUUCAAUUAAGUUAGUGCAAGCAGUUUUAUGAAGUUGAAAGUAUCUUAUGGAAUUUUUAAGUGAAACUUGUCUUUUGUUGUUGAAGGUAUGUGAUUAAACACUUAAAUGUAACUGGGAGAUAUGAGGGGUGUUCUGAGAGUAACAGUGGCUUUAAUCAAUUUCUUUUUAUGUGUUUCUGGGUUGUCUUCAUCCUGGCCCUGGACUGAAUACUACUUCUACUACUACUAUGAUGGGUUACUACUUAUGUGAAAUUUUUUUACCUUGUGAUACCUUAACUUUUUACCUUGUUAAUACUUGUACUGUUCUAUUUGAAUGCUACUGGAAUGUUUGUAUUAUAAAUAUUUUAUUACGUUCAAGUCAUUCAUGCAACAAUAAAGAAGUAUCAACUAAUCAGUGUUUUUAUAAUAUGAUUAAUAAGGAUAAAAUAAUUACAGUGAUACUAGUGAUACAAUAGCUACAACCCUGAGUUUUUUCCGCAGUUGUGUGAAUUUCAACACUUUUUGUUCCGUAGAACGUGGUAAAAGCUGUGCUUAACUGUUAUUUUUAUAUCUGUUAUUUUUGUUGAGGAGAGGCGUGAUAUUUCUUGAAGACUUGAGCUGCGUCCCAAAUUACACACUAUACACUAUGUACUUAUGCACUAUGUACUCAGUCAUGUAGUGUAUGAAUUA